AACCAACUGCACCAAUGGAACAAUCAGCGGCAUUGGGGUUCUUGUCGCAGGUGAACGUGGCCCCGGCCCAUUCCUAUCGCACACCAGGUCCGACGUUUCAUGCUGGCGAAGCCCAGCCACCGGCCUCCCGGGGCCAGCUCUUGGGCUUGACCGCUGCCUGCGCCGCCUGCGCCGCCUGCGCCGCGCGCACGGCGCGCACGGCGCGCAGCGCUUGCCGUGCCGUGCCCCGGCGCCGGCUGCUGGGCCUGGCGAAUCUGGGGCUCGUGGGCGGCGGUUCGGCUGCGCGGGCUGCGGCCGAGCCCCCCACCGUGACGAAGAAGAUUGCAGAGGGGGUGCAGAUUUUUGACCAAGCUUAUGGCAUUCCGGGACUGGGGGUUGGUGCCAACAUCCCGAUUCGGAUGACGGUUCUGAGUCUGGAAGGCGGUGGGUAUUUGGUGUACAAUCCUUGCAACCCCACUGCAGAGUGCAUGAAGCAACUGAAAGACGCGGGCUUGACGGAUGUGCGCUACAUUGUUUGUGGCACGGUGGCCAUCGAGCAUAAGUACUACGCCCCUCAAUGGGCGAGUCGUUUUCCCGAUGCUGAGGUCUGGGUCAGUCCACGGACAUUCAGUUGGCCAGUUGAUUUUGGACCUUACGUUCCCUUCGGAGGAUUCUCCAGAAGCACGAAGCUGCAGCAAGUGCCCAAGGAUUCCACUCUUGCACCAUGGCAUGACAAGGGCAUUGAUCAUUUGCAGCUGACGGUGGACUAUGCUCCGCGCACGGUCUUUGAAGAAACCAUGCUUUUCCACAAGCCUUCCGGAACCUUUGUGUGUACAGAUAUGCUCAUUGGUCUGUCGGACGAGCCGCCUGAGAUUCUGCUGCUGUCACCGUACAAAGAAGGGCUUCUAUGGUUCUCGCGCGAUGAGACUUUGGAGAAGGUUGAUGUACAGAGCAGCCAGACGUUGAAAGAUGGAUACCAAAAGUCCACGCUUCUGCUCAACAACAUCAAUCCCAGAUCCCUGCUGUCAGUGGCCGCAGGCGACCUGACGGUUGCGGAUCAGCUGGGCUUGGCCUUCAAAUCCCCGCAGCCGGAGCUGGGAUACUUUGGCUGGUAUCCGUGCAAUUGGCAGCAGGCAGAUUCGCCGUGCGCCAAGCUCGAUGACCGCCUGAGCCCCGCGAAGAACGCCAAGGGCUUCGACUGCCGCCCAGGUUGGCGGGGGGAGUGGCAGAGGCUGGCGGCUGGAGUCGAGGGCACGGGCUUCCAAGUGCCAAGCUUUGUAGCAGAGCUCCAGAUCAGCAGGGAUCCAGAAACGCUGCAAAGCUUGGCGGAUGAGAUUCCGAGAAGAUGGCCCAACAUUCAGCGGGUCGUUUCCUCACACUUUACCUCUCCUUUGCCUGCCACCAGCGAAAGCGUGAGGAAGGCCAUCUCCGCAGUAUGCCGCGGACCACCUGGGCCAGCAGCUAGAACUGCAGACCUCAGCUCGAUAUUGAACUUCAGGGACUAUUUGGAAAAGAAUGAGUUGAUAUACAAGCCUCAGAAAGGACGUGGUCGAUGGAUGGCCUGAGGCAGAGUUGAGCCAGCUCUCCUUUUUCAAUUCUCGCUGCAGCGAGUGUAGCUGAACAGUUGCUUUUUGCAGACUGUGCACGUUGCAUUUUCGGCCGCGCAGCGAGGCAUGCUGGAACAACCGACUGUUGCA